AUGUCGGCAGAAGCAGUCCCCCGUACCUUAACAGUGGCCAUUCCCAGGAACACCCAACUCACGGCGCAAGUCCUGCGAUGCAGCAAACUCCACAAGGCGAUCCCGCGGUCCCGGUCGGGACCGGGAGACCCAUUGCGAUGGUUGGAACUCGAGGGCCAAUUCCUGACCGACUAUCAAUCAUCGUGCACCAGCAAGCUACGGACCCUGCCCAUGGCGCGGCUCAGCGUCGCCUACGCGCUCGCCAACGUGGAGGUCGCCCUCUCGCAGGCCAGUCCCCUGGACAACGGCAUCUGGUGCGACGCAGCGACGCUCGCCUUCGAAGAAGCGCAAACAGAAGCCAAACACUGGAUCGAGUUCAUGUUGCUGACCCUCCGCGGCGGACAACGGGGCCGGACGUAUGAAAGCGCGCCGUUCAUCCUCACGAGUCCAGACUACGAUGUUCCUGAUGAGAUUGGUGACGACCGCAGCGCCGACUACCGGCAGCAGGCACUGCGUAGCCUCCGCACCUCGUACCCGGACGCGAGCCCCGCGCUGCACGAGCGGCUAGCGGACGCGAAGCUCGUGCGCUGGCGGUUUCUGCAAUGGCAGCGGCGCGAGACGCCGGGUGGCACCCCCCGGCCGCAGACGGACGACCACAGCUCGCCGGGCGGUAACUUCCCGCCCCCGCCAGCGCCAAGCCCCGGGGAGGAGGAGGUGCAGUGCCCGUAUUGCGGCGACUUCAUCCCCGCGGCGAUCUGUGCGCCGGCGCCCUGGCGGGACCAUGUGCUCUACGAUUUCCACCCGUACAUUUGCCUGCAUGAGCAAUGCAGCGUGGACGCGGCGUUUCCGACGGUCGCGGCUUGGGAGGGCCAUAUGGUCAAACAUGACUGGAGGGAUCUGGUGGAUGAGAAGUGCCCUCUCUGUUCCACGUGGUUGGGGCCCAGUGCCAUCGCCCAUUUAACGGUGCAUCUUCACGAUGAGAUUAUGGGCAUUCGAGCCUUGACUCCUUACCGCUGA